UGAUUAGCCCAUAUGUCAAAGUCUUUGUGCUCCUGAAGACUUCGAGGCGACAGCAGGGAAAAAAACAGCUGGAUCAGCUAGCGGCUCCUCUGGCUCCUCCAGCCCCUCCACCGGCUCAUUCCUCCGGGUUCCCACCCUGACUUCGAUACGCUGGUUCUGAUUCUGAUGAUGAGGUGGAAACAUGGAGGCUCCUGAAUACCUGGACCUGGAUGAGAUCGACUUCUCCGAUGACUCAGUGUAUUCUGUGACAUCACUGAAGAACAUCCCAGAACUGUCCAGAAGGAGCGAUGGCCCGGCAGAGGAGAGACCAGCUCCGGCCAUCAACUGGAGCCGCGGCGUUCCCUCCCACAGCGGGGCGGGGAUCAAACCCACGGGCCUGGCCGAGGUCCACAGCAAGUUCCGCCCGGUGAAGCGGGUCUCCCCCCUGAAGCACCAACCCGAAACCACAGAGCCGGACUCGGACGGGAAGAACCAGAACCAGGGUCCGGUUCUGGAGCAGAGCGAGGUCGGUAAGGACGAGUCCGGCUCCGAGAAGCAGGUCGGCGCCUCCACGGCGUGCGACGGCUCCGUGGGCAAGGCCAAGGUCGGCGGGGUCGGCGGCGACCCUCAGGCUCUGUUCGGGGAGCUGGAGCACUACGACCUGGACAUGGACGAGAUUCUGGACGUACCGUACAUCAAGUCCAGCCAGCAGAUGUCCACGCUGCCGCGGGGCAGGCGGUCUGCGGCGGGGGGCGGCGCCGGGGGGGGAACCCUGGAGAGGAACCGAGGAGGAGGAGGGAUGAAGAGCUGCACUCUGACCCACAACGAGCCUCUGAGCCUGGGCAGCAGCAGCAGCCAGACCCCGUUCUGUGUUCUGUCUCCGGUGAAGUGGUCGGACCUCAGGAAGUCCAAGUCCAUGGACCCGGACCUGCAUCACCUGCACCGCUCCCCAGGAGGAGCCGGCGGCGGUUACCAGGCGGAGCCGCCGCCGCCUGGCCUCCUCAGCUCCUCCUCUCUCUCCUCCUUCUCUGACGCAGACAAGCUGCUGUCGGCGCGCGUCUUCCCGGACCCCCAGAGCCAGCGGUCGGGGGCGGAGCCUCCGGGGGGGCUGGCGUUCCCCUUGGCAGGGUGCAUUGUGGGUAAACCGGACGCCUCCAAACCCUGGACUCCUGGAGGAGGAGCGAGGGGAGAGCUGGACGAGGAGACGAAGAAGAAUCAGAACAUCAUCAACAUCGUCAGGGAGGGGCAGAUCUCCCUGCUGCCUCACCUGGCGGCCGACAACCUGGAGCUGAUCAGAGACGAGGACGGGAACAACCUGCUGCACGCCGCCGCCUCUCAGGGCCACGCCGACUGCCUGCAGCACCUCACCUCCCUGAUGGGCGAGGACGGCCUCAACGAGCGCAACAGCCUGCAGCUCACCCCCGCCGGCCUGGGGGUAAAGAACGGCCAUCUGGAGUGUGUGAGGUGGAUGGUGAGUGAGACGGAGGCCAUCGCCGAGCUGAGCUGCACCAGAGAGCAUCCCAGUUUGAUCCACUAUGCUGCUCGAUACGGACAGGAGAAGGUUCUGCUGUGGCUGCUGCAGUUCAUGCAGGAACAGGCCAUCUCCCUGGACGAAGUGGACCAGAACGGAAACUCGGCCGUCCACGUGGCGGCGCAGUACGGACACCUCACCUGUAUCCAGACUCUGGUGGAGUACGGAUCCAACGUGACGAUCCAGAACCAGCAGGGGGAGCGGCCGUCGCAGAGCGCCGAGCGGCAGGGACACACCACCUGCGCCCGCUACCUGGUGGUGGUGGAGACCUGCAUGUCGCUGGCCUCGCAGGUCGUCAAGCUCACCAAGCAGCUCAACGAACAAACUGCAGAGAGAAUCAACCUGCAGAAACACCUGCAGAGGCUGAUGGACCCCAGCAAGGCAGAGGGGACGCCGUCCAGGUCACCCAGUUCCCAUCAGCCCCUGGUGGAGGCGUGUCCAGAGCUGCUGCUGACGGCCGAGGCGGCGCCUGGCGACGGACACUGGCUGGUCCGGCAGGGGGGCGUGGCUCCGGACUCGGUGCUGCGGCAGCUUCUGGGGAAAGAUGGCGACGGCGUCAGAGAGAGGCUGCAGCCAGGGGCCGGCCCGGGCAGAGACGGACCCGGCGCCGCGGGGGCCCCUGGGGGCCACAGGACCGGCCUGCUGGAGAGGAGGGAGCUCAAACUGGCCAGACUCAAACAGAUCAUGCAGCGCUCUCUGAGCGAGUCCGACUCCGAGGGAUACCCACCGGAGGAGGGGCGGAACCAGGCCGCGCUGCGACCCGAUAGGCCGACCCACCUGCCGAUCGCAGAGGAGGAGCCGGCGUCCAACCACCUCCAUCAGGUGAUGAGGAAGCACCUGCCCUCCUCAUCGUCGACUGAGAGGAAGCUGGCCUUUCCUCUCAGCGGGUCAAAGUCUGUGGACAGCAUCGGCUACACGCCGUCGCCCACGUCCAGCGACCCGGACGCCACGGAAACCAGAACCCCGGAAACCCCCGCCGCCGACGGCCAGAAGGUCGCCACCAGCCCCAAGAGCGCCCUGAAGUCGCCGUCGUCUCGCAGGAAGACCUCCCAGAACCUGAAGCUCCGGGUCACCUUUGACGAGCAGGUCCACAAGAGUUCGACCAAUCAGGAGCCAGAACCCAGCCGGGCGCCGCCGGGGAAGGACAGAACUGCAGCCGCCAGCUCAGAGGGCAAGAGGUCAUUUGGGACGUUCCGCUCCAUCAUGGAGACGCUGAGCGGGAACUCCAACCACAGCAACAACAACAACAGCGGCGGCAGUCCGGUUAAACCGUCAGCCUAUCAGAACUCACCUGGCAGGAAGUCGGUCGGGGGCGGAGCCAAGGGCAAGAGCCGAGUCAGCAACGUCUGACCAGCUGAAAACAGACGAGGCACAGAACAUGAGAACCAGUGAGAUCGUAAAGAUUUAGUGUUUCAUAAAAACUGAUCAACUUCAUUUCAACACAUAAAAAUUAAAGUUAAUUAAUUUGAGAACAAAACAUUUGUAGCUGAAAAUAAACGGAUCAUUUUCCUGUUAAAUCAUCCGACUCGUCGUUGGUCAGAUCUAACACUGAUAGAGCUAACAACCUCAGCUAAAUCUGACCAUGUUAGCUAACACCAUUAGCUAAAGCUGACCACAUUAGCUAACACCAUUAGCUAAAGCUGACCACGUUAGCUAACACCAUUAGCUAAAGCUGACCACGUUAGCUAACACCAUUAGCUAAAUCUGACCACGUUAGCUAACACCAUUAGCUAAAGCUGACCACGUUAGCUAACACCAUUAGCUAAAGCUGACCACGUUAGCUAACAUCAUUAACUAAAGCUGACCACGUUAGCUAACACCAUUAGCUAAAGCUGACCACGUUAGCUAACACCAUUAGCUAAAGCUGACCACGUUAGCUAACACCAUUAACUAAAGCUGACUACGUUAGCUAACACCAUUAGCUAAAGCUGACCACGUUAGCUAACACCAUUAGCUAAAUCUGACCACGUUAGCUAACACCAUUAGCUAAAUCUGACCACGUUAGCUAACACCAUUAGCUAAAGCUGACCACGUUAGCUAACACCCUUAGCUAAAGCUGACCACGUUAGCUAACACCCUUAGCUAAAGCUGACCACGUUAGCUAACACCCUUAGCUAAAGCUGACCACGUUAGCUAACACCCUUAGCUAAAGCUGACCAUGUUAGCUAACACCCUUAGCUAAAGCUGACCAUGUUAGCUAACACCCUUAGCUAAAGCUGACCAUGUUAGCUAACACCCUUAGCUAAAGCUGACCACCUUAGCUAACACCUUUAACUAAAGCUGACCACGUUAGCUAACACCAUUAACUAAAGCUGACCACGUUAGCUAACACCAUUAACUAAAGCUGACCACGUUAGCUAACACCAUUAACUAAAGCUGACCACGUUAGCUAACACCAUUAACUAAAGCUGACCACGUUAGCUAACACCAUUAACUAAAGCUGACCACGUUAGCUAACACCAUUAACUAAAGCUGACCACGUUAGCUAACACCAUUAACUAAAGCUGACCACGUUAGCUAACACCAUUAGCUAAAGCUGACCACGUUAGCUAACACCACUAGCUAAAGCUGACCACGUUAGCUAAAACCAUUAGCUAAAGCUGACCACGUUAGCUAACACCAUUAACUAAAGCUGACCACGUUAGCUAACACCAUUAACUAAAGCUGACCACGUUAGCUAACACCAUUAGCUAAAGCUGACCACGUUAGCUAACACCACUAGCUAAAGCUGACCACGUUAGCUAACACCACUAGCUAAAGCUGACCACGUUAGCUAACACCAUUAGCUAAAGCUGACCACGUUAGCUAACACCAUUAGCUAAAGCUGACCACGUUAGCUAACACCAUUAGCUAAAGCUGACCACGUUAGCUAACACCAUUAGCUAAAGCUGACCACGUUAGCUAGCAGUUCUUUUCUUGAGUUUUUGAGAAAAACCUUUUCAUUUAUGAAGCCGUUAAUCCUGACGGGUCCGGUUCCCGACCCAAUCCUCCAGAAACUGUUCUAGGUCUGUUCAAAGGAUUUAAUUUCUGAUCCGUCUGUCCAGAGUGAACCGUCACAUUUCACUUCUGUUUUUCAGCUCUGAGUGAAAGAACCCAGUCGGUUCUGAAUCGGUUCUGAGCAUCUCAGGUUGUCAGAGGUCCAAAUUCAGAGCUGAUGAUCAGAAUUCUGGUUCUGGAUGACCAGAGGAUCGAGACUUUUAGUCUGGAUUUGGACCCCAAACCUUUCAGUGCCUUUUAAGCCAACAGGACUUCUAGAACCAGGCGGCUGCUGCUGAUCCGGUUUCCUGGUGCUGGUCGGGAUUCUGGAGAGUUGCUGCUCUCUGCUUCACUUCUCUUUUCUACAGUUUUUAUUUUAUUGGAAUCUUAAAUCAGUUUCUUGAUGAAACAAAUGGUUUUGUAGAUCUUUAAUGAAAUGAUUUGGUUUCUGGUUGUUAAAUUUCUCAUCCCUGAUUCUGGAAAGUUCUCUGGGUUUUAGUCUCUUCCAGUUUCCUGGGUUUUAGUCUCUUCCAGUUUCCUGGGUUUUAGUCUCUUCCAGUUUCCUGGGUUUUAGUCUCUUCCAGUUCUCUGGGUUUUAGUCUCUUCCAGUUUUCUGGGUUUUAGUCUCUUCCAGUUUUCUGGGUUUUAGUCUCUUCCAGUCCUCUGGGUUUUAGUCUCUUCCAGUCCUCUGGGUUUUAGUCUCUUCCAGUCCUCUGGGUUUUAGUCUCUUCCAGUCCUCUGGGUUUUAGUCUCUUCCAGUCCUCUGGGCUCCUCCUGCCUUUAAAACUCAGAAAAACUGCCAACUUCUAAGUUCGUUUAAUUUACCUGAAGGAGAAAACGGUUCCAGGUUCACUGGGAUUUUCUGGGCCAUAAUUGGAUCCAGACUCCAGAUGGAUGGAUGAAUCUUUCUGACACUAAUUGUUCAUUUUAAACAGUUUAGUUUCAUUUUUACGUUCUGUUUUAAAGGUUCUCAUGUUCUUUGCCUCAAAUCUUCAGCCUUUUGAAAGUUUUUCUUGACCAGCUGUUUUUGUGAGGUGAGUCUGAAUCCUUCAGGUUUCACUGGUUCCCAUCAUUUUUAGCUGGUUUUCACUGGGAAACGUUUGAACUGAUUCAUGUUUGUUUCCUGAACUCCACUACAGUCCAAGUAUUUAUGUUUCUGCACAGUGUUACAGUUUGAACUGAAAUGUUUUAUUCCUGCACCAGCACAACAAAUACUUUCAAAAAGCCACUGUACAUAUUUUAGUAUUUAAAUUGUUCACGUUAUAUUCCACGUUUCCUUUCUUUAUUAUCUAUGCAGUAUUUUUGGCAUGAGGUAGACGUUAGAUGACGGGGAGGUUUGAAGAAGCACCUUCUACAUUUUAUCUGCAUGAAGUUUGAAGUGAGGAGAAAGUUUCCUGCAGCUCGUUGUGAUGAAGCUGGAAUCUGAUGCUCCGUUUAUGAACGACUCCAGGAAUCUGAUUUUUGGUUUUUUUGUCGAUUUUUAAAGUUUCUGUUUGGCACCAAAGUUCUUAAACGAUCUCCUUCAGUGAGUCCAGUUGGUUUACAUCCAAAAUGAUAAAAUGUUCAGACAUUAAUUCUCUUUAGCAGCUUUUCCUGGAUUUCCAGGUUAUUUUUACAGAUCUAGCGCCCCCUGGUGAGAACUAGGGGCUGUGCAGCAGAGUUCAGCCUCUCUCUGUUUCCCAUUUUGUCCCAUUCACAUCCGGGGUUAAAGGUCGUUGCUGCGAGUUUCUGCUGUGCAGUUUGCUCCUUCAUGACCUCAGCAUAAUUUCUCCUGAUUCUGGUUUUCUUUUUUUUUAUUUUGGGAUUGAAAACUUUCUCAGAUGUUCAAAAAACUCCAAACUGAUGGAAAACCCAGAACCUGUUGAAUGAAUCUGAUCUGAGGUCUGGUUGGUUCACAGUGUGGAGGGUUUCACACAAACUGAAAUAAACUUUUAUUUCUGGGCUUUCA